AUGGCAACUUCAACUGGCAGCGACACAAAUGGCAUAUCCAUUCAACAACCAAAACCGCGCCAUCCAAACUCACAGCCCUUGAGCGCAUACCGCCAAGAUGUUGCCACCGCACCUUCACCAACCCCUUCCAGCGUUCCAAGUACGCCGGGCCCAAGUACUCCUACCAACGCCCCACCCUCGAUCAAGGCAACCACGUCGGCUCGCAAACAAGUCCGCGCAGAGCAAAAGAGAGCCUUUCCAAGGAUACAAUAUGCCGCUCGUGUCAGUCACUUUGACCCGCGCUCCGAACACUCCAACUUUAGAGGCUUCUUUGUCCUCUUCUGGAUAGCUUUGACCAUCAUGGUUCUUACCACCAUGCUGCGCAACCUGAAAGAAACGGGCUUCCCUCUGAGCAUGCGCCAAUGGGGCUUGUUUACAAAGAACAUCUACGAGAUGGCCAUAGUAGACUUGAUCAUGGUCGCUAGCACGGGUCUAAGUCUGCCUUUGAACAAACUGUUCAAAAACAGCAAGGGUUGGCUACAGUGGAAGCACCAAGGCAUGAACGUGCAGAUCCUGUACCAGGCCUUUUGGCUAUUACUGUGGGUCACUUGGCCCUUUGUGCGCGACUGGACAUGGACCGCCCAGGUCUUCUUCACUCUGCAUCUUCUCGUCAUGUUUAUGAAGAUGCAUUCGUACGCCUUCUACAACGGCCAUCUCGCCAACACCCUACAACGUCUGUCUGCACUCGACAACCCUGCUUCGGACGCCUCGACCGCUGCCGCAGUCAAGUACCCCUCGUCACAGACUCCAAUCGAUGUUAUCAGCCAAGAAUUGAAAGAGGAAGAGACGACACAGGCAGGUUCUUUGACACAAUUGCGUGAAGACUUGGCCAUGGAGUUGGUUUCUCCUUUCGGCCGCCUCACCUACCCUCAAAACCUGACGGUCGCUAAUUAUUGCGAUUUCCUGUUCUGUCCGACACUGUGCUACGAACUCGAAUAUCCCCGUACAAGCUCUCGUUCCUAUCUCGAAAUCUUUUGGAAAACUCUGGCAGUAGGCGGCAUCAUCUUCCUGCUCACCAUAACUUCCGAAGAGUUCAUCAUUCCGGUGCUUGACGAGUCUGCUGAGAGGUUAGAACAUCAGCACAACUGGCAAGAGGGCAGUCUGGUCUUUGCAGAGACGGUCAGCAGACUACUCUUUCCGUUCAUGGUUGCUUUCUUGCUGGUCUUUCUUGUCAUCUUUGAAUAUCUCCUCGGUGCCUUUGCAGAGAUUACUUGUAAGUUUGAAGCCUUCGAUCGUGAUAUAGAGAAGCACUUCCUAAUGCCUCUUAGGUNNUUCGCCGAUCGACAAUUUUAUUCGGACUGGUGGAACAGUCUCGACUGGCUCGAGUUUUCUCGCGAAUGGAACAUCCCUGUCCAUCACUUCUUCCGUCGCCACGUUUACUCGGCAUCUCGCAACACCAUGUCUCGUCCCGUGGCCACUUUCAUCACCUUCCUGGUCUCUAGUAUAGCACACGAGCUCGUCAUGGGUUGCAUCACACGCAAGUUCCGUGGAUACGGCUUCGUGGCCAUGAUGUUGCAGAUGCCGAUAGUCUUGGUUCAGCGCAGCCCCUGGAUUCGCAACAGAACCAUUCUCAAUAACGUCCUGUUCUGGUGCAGUAUGAUCUUGGGCUUGAGCAUGAUGUGCGCGUUGUAUGUUCUGUUGUAG